AGUCGCCCUGUGAAGAUGAAGCACCAAUGACCCUGGAUAGCACUGGUAAUACCAUUAAUUGUGGUCGUGGAGGAGUAAGAUGUCCAUCAAAUUCAGAAUGUAAAAUUCAUCCAGCUGAUAGAUAUGCUGUCUGUUGCCCAAAAGUUUGCCCUCCAGUUUGUGCAAUCUAUUGUCAAUAUGGAAAUGUACUUGAUGAAAACGGCUGUGCAACGUGUACGUGUAAAAAAACACCAUGUAAAGGAGAAGCUCCACUAACCUUAGAUAGGAAUGGUAAUACCAUUAAUUGUGGUCGUGGAGGAGUAAGAUGUCCACUAAAUUCAGAAUGUAAAAUUCAUCCAGCUGAUGCUUAUGCUCUAUGUUGUCCAAUAGGUGUAUGCCCAAAGUUACCUAAUCCACUACCACGAUGUUUAAUAUUCCAAAAUGAUUGUAAGCAAGAUAGCGAGUGUCCUGGUGAUCAGAAAUGUUGCAGUGUCACAUGUGGAAUUGGGUGUAUUGACCCUGUAAAAC